AUGCCACCGCAACUAUUGAACUUGAAAAAUCUGGAAAGUUUAAGACAGUUUGCUGUAGGCAAAAAGAUUGAACGUAAGUUUCAAAAUCUGCAUGGUAAUUUGUGCAUUACAAAUCUUGAGAAUGUAGUAAAUGUUGAAGAUGUUUCGGAGGCCAAUUUGAAGGAUAAGAAGCUUAUUCGUGAACUGAUCGAGGGGUGGAAGGGUGAUAGUACUAAAGAUUCAUAUGGAGCAUGGAAGGUACUUGAGAGACUUCAACCUCACACAGAUAAUCUUGAAAGACUGGAAAUUAGAAAUUAUGGAGGUAGAAGCUUCCCAGGUUGGAUAGGACAUCCUUCAUUCUUUGGUAUAUAUUCUCUGAGCCUAUUUGGUUGUAAAAAUUGUUGUUCUUUGCCAUGUCUCGGACAAUUACCUUCCUUACGACUCCUGACGAUUGAGGGAUUUGAUUUGGUGGAAAGAAUAGGCUAUGAAUUUUAUUGUGAUGGUUCUUCUUUAGUUGACAGUAAACCAUUUGAUUCAUUACGAUAUUUAAGGUUUUCAAAUAUGCAACGGUGGAAGGAGUGGUCAUUGAUGGGAUGGAGCAAACAAGUUGGUGGUGGAGUUUUCUCAAAUCUUAAGUAUCUUAUUUUUUCAGACUGUCCGGAGCUAAAUGGAGCGUGCAUACCAGAUUAUCUUCCAUCCUUGACCAAUCUUCACAUAAGUGGAAGUAGUGACCAUCUGGUGGGUUUAUUAUUAAGGUGUGAAUAUCCAUCGCUUGAUGAGUUGCAUUUACAAUAUUGUCCAACAAUGCAGUCGUUUCCACAGGGGAAAUUGCCCUUCAACAUUAAAAAUAUUAAAAUAUUUGAAUGCAAUGAAGUAGUGUCACUUUCGGAAGAGGGUUGGCCCUGCAACUUAAAGUCAUUUCAAAUAAACCAAUGUGAGAAGGUGUUUGCGGAACCCAUAGAGUGCAAUCUGCGGAUGCUCACUACUCUUACUUCUCUGAAUCUCAAUUUGCUGCCAAACCUCAAAUCCUUAAAUGGGAUGGGUUUUGGAUGCCUUGUUUCCCUUCAAAAAUUGUACAUUAUAGCAUGCCGUCAGUUCCGGUGCUUGGUAGACGAAGAUGAGGGGCUGCCAACCUCUCUGACUACUCUUCAGCUCUGUUAUCUUCCAGAGCUCAAAUCACUAAACGCCAGUGCCUUUCGAAACCUCACCUCCCUUCAAAAUUUGCAGAUUACUAAAUGCACACUUCUUUAG